CAUCUUCCUCGCGUCAUCCAACGAUGAACCUUUUCAACAUAGCGGAUCCACUUCCGAAAACUUACAUAUAACCAUGGUGCCCCCCUCACACGCUAAUUUUUCCUCAUCGCGCAACGAACCUCAUGACAAACUCCGGAAUGAGCUCAACAACGAAGCCAGAAAGUCGGAUUUCUCCACAAAUUCAGAGCCAGCAGUCAAAUAGCUUACAAUUUAGUAACGCUAACACACCAACUUCGACAAUUGUUGAAGACCCCGAACUAAGAUCCGAGGUCAUGAACGCAAAGAAAGCAAAGGAAGCAGAAAAAUCCAAACUGGAGGCGAAGGAAGUAAUCGAUGAAGACGGUGAAUCCGAACGAACAAUAGUCGUUGACUGGGACGGACCAGAUGAUCCUAGCAAUCCUAAAAAUUGGACUUUCCGUCGCAAAUGGGCUGCAACUGCUAUCGUCUCAGCGUUCACCUUCAUUAGUCCUGUCUCUUCGUCCAUGGUUGCGCCUGCAACUGAGACUAUUGCGGCUCAAUUUGGAAUCACAAAUGAUGUUCUCAUAGCAAUGACAACGAGUAUUUUCGUGUUAGCGUAUGCUAUUGGACCUCUGAUUCUCGGUCCAUUGAGUGAAAUCUAUGGUCGUUCGAGAGUGUUGCAAGCUGCUAAUCUGUUUUACCUUGUCUGGAACCUCGUCUGCGGUUUCGCUCAAAACACUACACAACUUCUAGUCUUCCGCUUUCUUGCUGGUCUCGGCGGUUCUGCACCUCUCUCCAUCGGCGGAGGUGUUCUCGGCGACGUUUGGCACCCAGAAGAACGAGGGAAAGCGAUCGCUGUCUAUAGUCUGGCACCCCUACUGGGUCCGGUAGUCGGUCCCAUCGCGGGAGCGUGGAUUGCGGAUAAAAGUGGAAUUAGUGUGGGAGAUCGAGGCGCACUUGGUAGUCAGAGUAACAUGUGGAGAUGGGUCUUUUGGUCGACAACGAUCGUAGAUGCAGCGAUUCAGGUGGCUGGGACGUUUUGGCUACAGGAGACUUUCGCACCUAUCCUCCUUGAACGGAAAGCAGAGAAAAUCAGAAAGGAAAUUUCCGGGGACCCGGAGAAAGGGGUGUUGGAUGUGAAGACGGUGUAUUCCAAUCAAGAAGGCCGGACAAUGAAAGAGAUUUUUCAAAGAUCACUCACCCGACCUUUUGUUCUCUUCUUUCGUGAGCCUAUCGCUCAAGUUAUUGGCCUGUACAUGGCCUUUGUAUAUGGAGUAUUCUAUCUUUAUCUCACGACAAUACCGACGAUUUUCACGCAGGUAUACCACGAGUCGCCAGGAAUAGGUGGUCUCAACUACAUCGGACUUGGCAUUGGUCUGACUGUCUCCUCUCAACUCAACGCCCAUUAUAUGGACAAAAUAUAUGUGCACUUCAAGAAUAAAAAUAACGGAGUCGGUCAACCGGAAUUUCGUGUACCCGCCAUGAUACUGGGAAGCUUUUGCUUACCUGUCGGACUUUUGAUCAGCGGGUGGGCAGCAGAAGAGCGUGUCCAUUGGGUUGUUACUGAUCUUGGCAUGGCUUUCGUCGGAGCUGGUGUCAUUUUUACGUUUCAAUCGAUGCAAACAUACAUUGUAGAUUGCUUCACCUUGCAUGCUGCUAGUGCUCUCGCUUCAAUCUCCUGCCUCCGCUCCCUCGCCGGUUUUGGUUUUCCGCUUUUUGCACCAGCGAUGUACAACGCAAUAGGAUUUGGUAAAGGCGACACAAUUCUGGCGGCUGUCAGUAUUGCUAUCGGGUUGCCUGCACCCGUCAUUUUCUGGAAAUACGGCAAAGCAAUUCGUAUGAAGAGUAAAUACGCGAAAAAGUAAAUGAAUUACUAAAGGCCGGAGAAUUUCACCCAAUAGACCUUGCAAAACUGCAAGUAUGAUCAUGACAAACAUAUCUUUCAAAGAUAUAGUUGCGUUUUCUUGGAUUUUGAUCCUUGAUCACCAUGAUUAUUUUUUAAACACCCGAAACACAACGACGUUAUAAUAUCAUAUAAUACUGUAGCAUACCUUCAUACACAUAUAUACCUUACUCGAAUAUAUGCGACUCUAUUGAAUUUCGUCGAACAUACAGCGGAUUCCGAAAGCCUAGGACGAAACCAGCCUCCUCACAUCAUAGGAGCACUGCUUAGCUUUGUUUGUGGAGGAGCUCAAGUGCAUAGUUACUAGCCUUUUCAAUAAACAAAUCUGAGCAAGCAGCUCUAUCUUUCUUGCAUAGAGACAGCCCAGGAGCCCUAGUUUACUCCAACAAUGUAAUUACAACAAAUCUAUGCAUUCA